AUGGAGCUUGAGUGGGCUGGAGACAAAUUAACAGUUUCCCAAGGAGAUGAAAUCAGCUCUAGUCGUGUGACUGCACUCAUACGAUCCUGUCAAAUGAUUACUGAUUACUUCAACAUGAUUCUCGGCCCGAGAGAGAUCAGUACCAGUCUGAACUUUUACGUCUUCCGGCUUACAGAUCUCAAUGGAGAUGACGGAUCACGUAGGCGUCCGUAUUUUGGUUCAACAUUGUUACCAGAUGAUAGUGUACCCAUCAGGCUCACUUCUGUUUAUGGAUUACCGCAUCUUUUGAGGUUAUUUAAUUGCUUUGCCGCAAAAUUGGCAAAUUUACCCGCGGACUUAGGGAACAUCUUGGCUCUGAAAGUGAUGUCAUCGGAUUUCGUCUCAUUUGUCGAAGAGAACCGGGAGAAGUAUUUCAGUGUUCGAAGAGACUAUGAAGCACAGGAGUAA